UCGGUAUAUGUGCUGGAACAAAAUUAAGAGGAACUAGUGCACCGUCGAAUAAGUUCGUGGUACCGACUACUAGCAGGUUAAUAGGCUGAUAACUCCAGACCUGUAUCUGCUUUUAGGAUUCUGAGAGAAAUUAAGAAGUUAGAUCCUUGGUUCUCGUCUGCUGGUUGAACUCUCUCUCACAUUCCCGAGAACGUAGCAGACGAUUUGGCCCAGGUGAUGCGAGUCUCGCGACCUCAGUGAACUCUGAGGGCAUGGGGAACUUCGUGGACCCAACAUGAAGGACAGAUUGUCGUUAAAGCUGCGUCUGGCCAAGCGUCUUCUGCUGAUUAGGUAGGACAACUUGGCCCAGUCGAGCCGGUGAGUUCUAAGGACGACGGAGCUUUAUAUACUCGAGAACAGCUGAUCGCUUUCCAUGCACGAGGCCACUGUCACCCCACGUGCUCCCCACCAAUCACGACCAGGAACAAGGGAAAAGGGUUUGUUCUUUUACUUAAAGCAUAAAACGUCCCAGUAGCCUCCACAAGGGAUAUGGACUUCGAGUUAGCAUAAUAAAGUGAUGAACUGCGUCUAGGAUUUUGCAUUUCCACGAUGUCAUUCGUCGGGUCAACUUUAAGCUUAGCUGUGGCCGAGAGCGCUGCACAUCACCGCAACAGCGCACACGAACCCGGCCACAGUGGUUUAACAGAGGACAAACAUUUCUUACGAGUUCGACGGGAUUCUAUACAACCUAGCGAUGAAGAAAUAGCAUUAAAGACACAUACUACGGACUAUGGUUGCGAGACUGUUGAUAUUCCCGAACCCUUGCCCCCGGAUAUUGAUCGUGGAUGGGCUUGGGUCGUGCUUGUGGCGGCGUUCGUGUCCAACUUGAUUGCCGUGGGUAUAACGCGCGCUGUUGGCGUGCAUUAUGUGACUUUCAAGGAAGAGUUUCGGGACAGUGCCAGCUUGACGUCCAUGCUUGGAGCCGUGAUGAACAGCGUGUCAGGCCUGUCAGGUCCUCUAGCCAGUGUGAUAGCUAACCAGUUGAGCUGCAGGGUCAGCGUGAUGGCGGGAGGGGUGAUAGCCGCGGCCGGAUGCAUAAUAAGUGCCUACGCCACCAGUAUCCAAUACCUGCUGGUUACGUAUGGAUUUCUGAUUGGUCUAGGGAUAGGACUUGUCUACACGCCCACAAUGGUGAUCGCUGGACAAUACUUCGAAUACAGACGCUCCCUAGCCCUAGGAGUAGCCACAGCCGGUCUGUCCUUUGGACAGUUCAUUUUGCCGCCAAUAUUACAACUCCUCACAGACUACUACACGUGGCGGGGCUCCAUGUUCGUCAUUUCCGGUUUCUGCCUUCAGUUUUGCGUCUGUGGCGCCCUCAUGCGACCUCCCAUCAUACCAGAGCGACCACAGAAGCGAGCUCUAACCCAGGAGGAGGAUUUAGUCAAAUGUCAAAUGAGCCUCAGGUUUCUUGACCUAAAGGUACUUAAAAAUGCCGGCUUCUUGCUCCUUGUCGGCGCCAUGUUUUUACGUUCGAUGGGACUUGCCAUUGUCAACGUUCACGUUAACGCAUACGCCGUCAAACAGGGCGGAGCGACGGAAUUCCAGGCGUCCACCCUGGUGUCAAUAUGGGGUGCCAGCAGCCUGUUUAGUUGUCUCCUGACAGGAGCAGCAGCCAACGACCCAAAGGUUGUUGACCCCUUGGUGAUGCUCUUUGUCUCCCUGGGGUACAGCGCCCUCUUUGCGUUCUCAACGCCGUUGCUGAUUGGUUCGUACAUCACCCAGGUUCUGUUUGCGGCCGGGUUUGGGGUGUAUAUCACGUGUUUUGUCGUCCUCAUGGCGCCGAUGAUCGUCCGCCUGAUGGACGUGGCCUCUCUGAGCAGUGCCUAUGGAUACGCCAUGUUGCUGGAUGGCAUUGGGUUCUUCAUAGCUCCCCCCGUGGCAGGAUACUUGUACGACAUCACACAAGACUACCAGUACUCCUUUUAUAUUGCAGGUGGAUGUUUGCUACUUGGGUCGAUCAUUCUGUUGUUUAUCCCGCUGGCAGCUAGAGACGUGUUCAGAUCACGUAAAAAUAUGAGUGUUGGAUGAGACGCGGUCACUGUGGCUGUAGCAACCAAACAUUCGUUUCCGG